AGCUGCAGAUCAAAAAGUAUAUAAUGCAGUAUCAUGGAUAUGAGAAAGAGAGAGAGAGAACAGGCCAUUGUGUGUGUGUGUUGUGUUUUUGGGGGCGUUUGACUUUGGUCUUUGGCAAUUGUUGUGUUUAUCUGAUGAAGGCGAAGGAUCAUGGAAAUGUUGUAGAGUAAAUAGACGUACGUGUACAUGUCUCGAUGAUUCUCUAUCGUGCGAGAUGGUGUCUCUCUCACAUCUUAGACCGAGUCACUCACUCACUCACUGUGAGAUUAGUGCUUUUCUAUCGUCGAUAGAUGGUCUGCCCCCCCAAAAUACUCCGUCCCCACAAAGGUUUGGUUCGUUCGCCCGGUUUUCCAUUUCCCUUCGAGGCCAUGUGCAUUUGCAUGUUCCCUGCAUUAGCUCUGUAUUUGUAUGUAUUUCUCUCUUGUUUCCUCUCUGCGUGUCUCCCGUCUCUCGGAGGUUCAUGUAAGUGACGUGCGCCCCGCUUCCAUUGGAGGGGUUGGUUACCUUUUCAAGGUCAGGCAGGGCCCUUGUCUUUCUCGCUUGUCACUGGGAGCUUAUGAGUUGAGCUGUGUUGAACGUGAAGGAAGCUGAAUGACUCGGGAAGUCAUCAAUCACUUUUUCUUUUUCUUUUUCUUUCUACCCUUUUCUCAUUAGCUAUAACGAGAAUCUGUUCAUUGUCUCUGGAGCACCUUCAUCUUCAAACCCCAAAUACAUCUUCAGCACUAUUCUCAGAAGCAAAACAAGCUCUCCUAUCAACUCUCUUCCUACUACCACCAACCAACCUCUACCAAAAAAAUCAUCCACAACACAAUGUCUUCAUCAACGCAACACCAUCAGUCAAAUCGCUCAUCAGGAUGGACGGAACAAAUGCGCGAUAGGCAAGCCCGCGGUAAAAACCCUUACAGCGAAGAAAGCGACGUGAGCGAUGGCGAACCAAGUCGUCUUGGACCUCAGUAUCGUGCUUCGGCUGCACGACCUUGCACCGCCGACGCUGAUUCCUGCAGCCCCAUGUUUGAAACACACAUAGAGAGAGAGCGGAGGGGAGAGGCUUUGUAUAUUCUGGAUAACCAUGCGGCUCUCAUGGCACAUGCGCAGGCGACCGGCGACAGCAUCGCAGGCCAACGGCUUCGAUUCAUGCGCCAACUAUGUGGCUUCGAGGACAAGCACGAUGAAAAUGGCACGGCGAGGAGCAAGCAGAAUCGCCGAGUCAGUGAUAAAAUCUCUCGAUAGUCCAGAGUUCUCGUCCUAGGAGGAGAGAAGACUGCCCUCGGUGAAAUAGGGGUCUUUUAGCAAACCCAUCACAAGCCCUCUAUAGCGGAUCAUGACUUUCAAAUAAUAGAAUCAAACCAACAAGUAUUUGCUUAUCUAUGCUGCUGUAGUGAAUGCUCACUGUUAGUAACCACAUUGUGGUUCAAAACUCUGGUCAAAGUACAUGAAAUCGAAUAAAUUGUGGCA